CUUCUGUGCACUACUAGGUAGAGCUACCAAAACUUUUAAAGAAGUGUUUAUACUCUGUUAUUUUUUGUUGUUGUUGUUCGGUACUGGGAAUCAUGAUCUUUUGUUUGCCAGGCAGGUGCUGUGCCACUGAGCUAUAUCCCUGGCCCCUACACUUGAAUACAUAUAGAAGUAUAUAUGUGUGUGUGUGUGUGUGUGUGUGUGUGUGUGUGUGUGUGUGUGUAUAUAUAUAAAGAUAGACAAAAUAUUCUGAAAUUUUCACCAUAAAGAAGUGAUAAAUGUUUGAGUUUACCCUGAUUUGAGCAUUACAUAAUCUAUACAUGAUAUAUACAUAACCUAUACAUAUAAAAACACCACAGGGCACCAAAAUAUGUACAAUUUUUAUGAUCUGUUAGAAAUUUAAAAAUAAAUAUAAGUAAAUAAAAAAUAAACUGAAAUGAUAAACCUAAAUUUAUUUUCUGUAUCAGGUCAAAAACAUUUGGGAUGGUUCCCUUCCCAGCUCUAUUUCUCCCCCACCUUCUGUCAUUUGUAUCAUACUCUAGGCAGGGAUUCCAGGAAGCACAGCCCUGAACUCAGAUUUUUCUCAACACUCCUCUCCUUGGAUCUGUAGCCCUGCCCCAGCCUAUUUAGAAUGGAAAGUGAGUAACAUGUGACUUUAGAUGUAGUCAUCUAAUUGCAGCCUCACUGAUAAACCUGAAAAGGGCCUAAAAUUAAUAGGGACGUUCAUUCACUCAUCUUCUUAAACAGGCAGUAAGUUCCUUGAAGGUAAGGGCCUGGGGGCCAUUUGAAACUUUAGUUUGUGAGUUCUCAGUUUCACUCUGCACCCAGCAUGUUUGUGAAUUCUCAGGCUUAAAAUCAAGACCGUUAUCAGCAGUCACAAAUGCUGGGUGCAGAGUGAGGAAGGAACGUGUUGGGUUGCUUAGUUUCUGGUUACUCUCAUUCCGUUGGCCUCCUCAGUUGGAGGUCCAACACAGGUAAAGAGAUUGAUUGGUCUCAUCGCACUGAAAAGUAAGUUUCACACAAUGCACAGCCUCUGUGGGCCCAGGUGCGAGGGCUGACUCCACGGCUGGCAGCUUUCCGCAGACCAUGAGGUCAUGACUACCGGACUUCAGCUGGACCGCUGGAUCUCUCUCUCGGUCUCUUUCUCGCUCUCUGGGUCUCGGUCUCAGGCGGUCUGUCUCUGUCUCACUUUCUUUCUCCCCGCGCUUCCUCCUUGCCUCCGGCGGGCGUCGCCUACCGGUAGGUGGCCUCGCGGAAGGAAGCGAAUUCCGAUCUCCGUCCCGCUGAGCCGCUCGGACCGUCCCCGAGAGCCUUUCUGUCCUUGCCUGCGUGGUCCCAGCUUUUGGAGGGUCUCAAGCCCCCGCUCGUGCCCAGAAACCGACCGGGUCCUAACUCUGGAAUCCAAGUGUUCAGGCUGCUGUGAGCGAGAGCCGGACCGCCGCGGGGAGGCAGGUCCAGGCGCAAGGCCGGGACGGUGGGCGCGCGGAAACGAUCAGGACCCACCGAGGCAGGAUCCCGAGCUGCGGAUGAGGCGUCCGUGGGGCGCAGUCGGGGAGCCUCGGAGCACUGGCUGGGGUGGAGAAUGGGCGGCGGCGCAGCAGGAAACUCUCGGGGCCAGGCCCGCCGGGCAGGAAGCACCGUGGAGAGGAGGGUCAGGGCGGCGCCCGGUCGGGCUGCCCGGCCCUCUCACCUCGCCCUGGCAGCGGGCUCCGCCUGCGGUCCGGGAGGGGGGGAGCCGGGCCGGCCGGCCAGUGGAUUCCGGGACCGCCCCCUCCUGCACCCAGGCCAGCUGCGACCGGCUAAGACGGCCGGAGCCCCCGCAGCAGCAUGAGAACCGAUGCGGGCCUUCCCCGCCAGCGGACGCUCGGCGAGCGGCGGCGGCUGCUGUGCCCAUGCGCUCCAUGGAGGCGCAGUGGAGACUGGUGGCCGGCGGGCGGCGCAGAGGCCGAGGGCUGCCCCGGAACGCGUCCACGCUGGCUGCCGCUGGGCUGAUGUGCACGGCGCUGGCCGCCUACGCCUGCUGGGGACAGUUGCCGUCACUGCCUUGGUCGUCCCCGACCCCAGCAGGCCGGUCGGUGGGCGUGCUGCUGUGGUGGGAGCCCUUCGGGGGGCGCGGCAGGGCCUCGAGACCGCCCCCCGACUGCUGGCUGCGCUUCAACAUCAGCGGCUGCCGGCUCCUCACCGACCGCACGGCCUACGGAGAGGCGCAAGCUGUGCUUUUCCACCACCGCGACCUCGUGUGGGGACCCCCUGACUGGCCUCCGCCCUGGGGCGCCCAGGUGAGCUCGGCGGAGGACCUGCAGCUGCGCAUGUUGGACGAUCCGGAGGAGGCGGCGAUCUCUGGACCGCGGCCCCCUGGCCAGCGCUGGGUGUGGAUGAACUUCGAGUCGCCCACCCACUCUCCGGGGCUGCGGGCCUUAGCAGGGAACCUCUUCAACUGGACGCUGUCGUACCGCGCUGAUUCUGAUAUCUUCGUGCCUUACGGUUACCUUUAUCCCAGGAGACACCCUGGUGAUCAGCCGAGGGGCCUAGUCCCACCUCUAGCCCGGAAAAGGGGACUGGUGGCCUGGGUGGUGAGCCACUGGGAUGAGCGCCAGGCCAGGGUCCACUAUUACCAUCAGCUGAGCCAGCACCUGCCGGUCGAUGUGUUUGGCCGGAGCGGGCCUGGGCGGCCGGUACCUAAUAGCGGGCUCCUGCACACAGUGGCCCGCUACAAGUUCUACCUAGCUUUCGAGAACUCGCAACACCUGGAUUACAUUACUGAAAAGCUCUGGCGCAAUGCAUUGCUGGCCGGAGCAGUGCCGGUGGUUUUGGGCCCAGACCGUGCCAACUAUGAACGUUUUGUGCCCCGUAACUCCUUCAUCCACGUGGAUGACUUCCCUAGUGCCUCCUCCCUGGCCGCCUACCUGCUUUUCCUAGAUCGCAACCCGGCUGUCUACCGCCGUUACUUCCACUGGCGCCGGAGGUAUGCGGUGCACAUCACCUCCUUCUGGGACGAGCCCUGGUGUCGGGCCUGCCAGGCAGUGCAGACUGCUGGGGAUCAACCCAAGAGUAUUCGCAAUUUGGCCAACUGGUUUGAGCGGUGAAGCCACCAAUGUGACCAUUUUGAUUCUCUAUUGGGCAUCUCCUUGACUGCCACCAAUUCUUGGGAUUGAGUUCCCCAGUCGCCUUAUUUUUGCUCUCUGGGAUUAAGGUGGUUUGUCAAUUAAUAUUAAUUAGCAGAAGGAUGGGAUAGAAAAGGUCCUUGGUUCUCAUGACUAGCAGCUAUGCUCCAUCAGUUGUAGAUGGGCAUCUGGGUGAAGAAAGGGCCCUUCUUUACCUGGUACAGAUGUGAAGCUUAUCUAUAAGAAGAAAUUCAAUUCUAUUGAAUUUCCUCCUCUGCCACGGGCCAUAUUUGUAGCCUACACAGGGUCCAAAUCUCAUACACCCUGCUCCCAGCACAUUUGCCUGGACCAAGCUGAAGUGAACCCCUGGUGUUUAGAAAGAGUGCUGGUUUGAGAUAGUGGAAGGACUGCAUCCCCAAGAGGGUCUUUUUCUUUGCUGGUCAGAUUCCUUAAAGCCUCCUGCCCUGGGAAAGGUGAGGAGUGCAAUUUAUGAAGCCACAGACUUUCUUAACAAGAACUGUUUGUUUUGCACCCUAUGAAUGGAAACAAGUGCUGAAGAAGAGAAUUAAGAUGAAUAUAUGGGUGCACCUCUCUUUAUACAAGAAAUAUAUUCUUGAAAAGCUGCAUCUAAAUCACAUUCCAAACUCAGAGUCCUAAGGGAGUUCAGUGUUUAAUGGAACCCUAUGGACAAUCCCUUUUUAAUGUGAAUAAUCAUCUCCUAAUUUAUUUCUUCUGUCUUUAUAUUUACCUAUAGCCUGGAUUUAAAAAACAUUAAAAGUACAAAUGUGAAAAUAAAGCACAAGCAACCUUCUUCUCCCCCUCUUCCCAGCAGAGCAGUAUGUUUACAAAAAGGAGAGGAGCAAGCUACAGUGUCACUUUCUACAAAAUUAUUUAUUUCAUGUCUUACUGGACCCAGAACUUCAACUGGAAUGUCAGCUCUUCAGCAGUGUUGGCUUUACCUGUGCAGAACAGUGCAGGAGAUGGUACUGCGUCAUGGAGUCAUGCAAAAGGAAAAAAGUUUGAUGGUGUCAGCGAGGGGUAGUUUUUGUUUCUGUCAGUUUUGAAAUGUUUAGAUCCUAAGGAAUGAAACUAAAACUAGUGCCUACAAUUAGCUUACUCUGUCCUUUAUUAAAGGCUAACUCUGCAGGGCUCAUUUGGUUCCAGGAGUUUCCCCUGCUAGUGGUGAGCUGGAGAGCAGAUCCUCACAUUCCUCAUGUCCUUGAGACUGUGCUGCAGAAUCAAGCUUGGAAAUGAUAUGCAUUGUCUUUAUAGGUUGUUGAGUGACUAGCAUGUUCAACAGCGGAUGACUGAUUACACACUCCUGAACAUUAGGCUUAGGGCCCUGAGCAAGAUAUAAAAAUGUGUAACACAACGUCUCUCUCUUUAACAAACCACCACUGCCAAAAGUGAAUGGUGACUUUGAUAAAAUAGUUGGCACAACCAAUUUGAUGAAAGUGGCAUUUUCAGUGAUAUAGACCAUAAAUCAGUGAUUGAAAAGCCAUUUGAUGAAAAGCCUGAAAUGAUCAGAGUUCUCCCCUCUGUCAAAGUAAGGGCCCUCAGUGACUAGUAUUAAUCAUAAAGACCUCGUGACCAAUCAGGGUCCAAGAUUAAUUAGUUUUAUAUAGAGUGAAAUAAAAAGUAAUUUUGAAUUUGAUUAGUAUAAUUAGUUGAGUCAUAGAAAGCAAAUUUUACCUCCAUGCACAUUUGUUGUGUACAUACUUGAAAAGCUCACUUAAAACUAGGUGCUUCAAUUCUCUCAGUUUAGGAAAUAAGUGAAUAUGUCUAACUGUGGGUUCCCAGCUGAAUAUUUAUAUAUCCCUACAUCUGCAUAUAAUAUAUUUUAUCACAUUAAAUAAUGUCAUUUUACCUCUAUGAUAUAUCAUACUUUUUAUGUGUGAUAUAUAUCAUCAAACAUUAUGUUUACUACAAAUGCAAUAUUCCUUCUUGCAGUGAUUUCAGGGUGCCAUCAUCCAAUUUUAUGUCUGAAAUGAAAUCUAAACGGUGCCAGAAUAAAUCUGAAAUAAAAAGGAAGGUGCCUUGUAUUGUGUAUUUCAAGUAAGUCCUUAAAGCCAUAUUUCAAUAAUCAUAAUUACUAUUUAGAUUAAACUUGAAUUUUCAGAGUGGAAAGAAGGGCCCUUUAAAGAAAAUUUUGUUGUAAAUUGUAAGAUGAAUAUCUAUUGCCAAUGUUCUUCUAGUGUUUAGUCCACUUAAAUCUAGCCAUGUAUUUAUUAACUGUGUAGUGCAAGAUACAAUGCAUAUGAGUAUAGUCUGGAGUCAUAACCUGAGUAUGUGGCUUUGCCACUUUAUGCUCCUGUGGCCUUAAUCACGCAAAUUGUUUAUAAACUCUCUUGAGUUUUAGCUUCCUUCUUUAUAAUGCAUGAAUGUCCCUACAAAAUCAAGAUCAAAUGUGGUGGUGUAUACCAAGGUGCUUUGUAAUGUAAAGCCAUUACAAGAUGCUCUAAAUUGCCAUGGCUCUAGACCGGAGCUUCAGAAACAUUUUCUGUGCAGGGUCAGAAAAUAAAUAUGUCAGUUUCACUGUUCAACUCUGCUGUUGGAGUGAAAAAGCAACCACAGAUGAUACAUAAACAAAUGAGUGACUGAAUUUGACCCAUAGUUUGCUAACUCUACUGUAGACUCUUGGCGAUGUAAGGAAUUUGGGAAACUAGCUUUACAUUUUUUUAAAAAUGUAUCCUGAUGUACAUUUCUUAGAAGGGAUUUAAGGAUUGAAAUUUAAAAAUUUUGGAGGCAAAUACUCCCAGGUCCUAGAUCAGCUUUGCAUCACUUCCUAGUUGUUUGAUCUUGGAGAAAUUAUUUGAGCUUUCUGUAUUUUGAUAGUCUCAUUUUCUUUGUCCUUUUUUAUUGGUACCGGGGAUCAAACUCAUGACUGCCUGCUUGCAAAGCAGGUGUUUAUGCCACUGAGCUAAAUCCCCAGCCCCAUAGUCUCAUUUUCAAUUGAAGGUACACAUAUAUAAUUUAUGAGAUAUUGAAAGGAUGAGAUAAGACACUUAAAUUACUUAGUGUGACGCCUGGCAUAUGGGAACACUACAGUAAGUAGUGCUGUGAUUUUCCCAGUGCCUUUUAUAGAGGGAGCAGCCGAGGUCCAUACCACUGAAGGAUUUGCCUGAGGUUACAGUGGUAGUGGCUGAACCAGCUGUGCUGUGCAAAUCACAACCCCUUUGAGUUUCUGUCACUGUAAGUGCAAAAUGAAGGAGUUGGAGGAAAUAAACUCUAGGGACAUUCUAGUUCCACUAGCUGUCUCGUAAUUGGCACCCUAGGACUUACUGAGCUAAUUUGCUUCCCACUGUGCAACCCUUACAGUCUGGAGUUCAUACACAAGAGCAGUAACUGACAGAAAAGUAGACAUCAUAGAGUAAGAAUCUGACUAUGUAUAUAUUAUUCACACAUAUCACAUACCCUAGAUAUCAAGGAAGAAAGCUAAAUCUUUGGUAAUUUGGUGAAUAAUUGUAUGGCAUAAAUUUCAAGUCAAUCUUGAUGUGUUUCGGGGACUCCUUUAUGCUAAUACUCUUAACAAAACAAAGUCUUUAUGUACACAGGCUCAGAUUAUUUUGACAAAGUGAUUAAAAUAAUGAGACAGAAAAUGGCUCCUUGUUUAUACUCCAAGUAUGGCUCCAGUGUAUACCCCAUGUACUGAUACGUUCUAUAUCCCAUGGGACCUGUCUUGGUGGAGGCUGUCUCUGAACUAUAUUGGUUCUAGUUACCAAAUUGAAAUGUGAUGGCCUUGCCUCUUGUGAGUUGCACCAGGUCCAAUUGAGUUCCCCUUCUUGUUUUUUUGCCUGGCUUUUUUACUCUAACCUGGUGAUUUAUCUCCAAGGGCAUAAGUAUUAUAGCCAUUUCUCUCAGUUUGGUUUAUUUUGCUAAGUGCUGUGAUGCCCACUAUGUACUGUCUUUGGCUCCACCAAAGUAAAAAAUGCUGUUUAGGAAAGGGGUGGAAUAAAAACUAAGAACAUCAUAUGAGACAGAGAGCAAAGGAGGCAAGAUUUCUUUACAGCAGAUGCUGGAAUUGUUGAAAGGGAAAAAUAGAGUCAUAUUUGGUGGCAACUGUAAUCCCAACGCUCACGAGGCUGAAGCAAUAGUAUCAUGAGUUUGUGGCCAGCCUGGGCUACAUAGUAAGACGGUAUGAAAAAAAAAAUAUGGGUUUGGGAUUGGAAUAAAAAUUGGAAUAAACACUAAAGACAUUCUUCUUCUGAUCUGCCCUCCUCUUGCAUUCCCCUCUGCUAUAUGCUCAUAUAAGUACAGACUUCCAAAAAUUAGCAUGGCCAGCUGAGAAUAAGAGUAGGAUGGGCAAGAAAAGAAGAUUCUUUGAAUUUAAAAAGUGCAUUUUAAAAUGGAGCAGGUGGUGAGUUAGGAUGGGGAGUGAGGAGAAAGGGAAAAGGAGAUAGGGAGCCAACAAGCACAUCUCUGAGGAGAAUUUGAGAAGAUUAGUUAAAGGAAGAAAGGAGGAGACAUGAAAAUAGGGGGGCGAUAAGAUCACAGGGCAACAGAAGAGGUAGGAUAAAGGAGGGACAUACCCACAACUAACGAGGAAGCAGUGUAAAACGCACCAUUCUGUGCCACUUUGCUGAGAAGAAAUCUUUGCUCCAGUUUAGAGCACAGCACCUGCCUGCCAGUGGAGGGUGAAUCAGGAGUCUGAGCUCUUUGACAGGGGGGGACCAGAACUCAACAAGGAGUAGACCGAUGUUCUAGAAGAAACAUGAAACUGUACUGUGGUUCAUUGCAAUAGAUUGUUGAACUAUUGUAAGUACUUCCUAUUUCAUUUUAGGAAAAAAUCAUACUCAUUGCCUGUGUAAUUCCUUAUCAGCAUACUGUAAUAUCUGCAUUUGAAGAAGUCGAUAUUGAUAUAUCCGUAAUUACAAAUUAUUUUUCGGGAAAAAGGGGAAAAUAUGUAAGAACUGUGUUCAUUUAAUGUAUAAUUAUUUAUUUCCUGUAAAAUCUUAUAAAACUACUUCAAUUAAGGAUUUAAAAAUCCAUUUUUGAGGUCAUUGAAUUAUCAUUUUUAAAAAUUACUGAAAAAAUUACUGAAUCACACCUAAUAUACUGAAAAAGAUAAUGCCCUGUUAGAUCAUGAAUGCUAAACAUUUUGUUCCGAAUUAUCUUUCAGAAGAAAAGCAACAGACUAUUCAACAAAUAUUUGUUGAGUGUGUCCUAUUUACAGGCACUGUGCUAAGAUUAGGGGAUCUAAAUAAACUAAGGUAAGAACUCUGCACUCAAAAAGUUGGUCUUUUAGUCAAGGAAACUGAUGUGUAGGCCAAUAACAUAUGAUAGGUGUUAUCAACAUAUGAGAAGUGUUGUCAUAAUACAGGAAUCACAGGAAUAAGUAUUGGUUCAUAUGUAGAAUCACAGACUUUGGGCAAACUCAUAGUAAAAGCUUAGAGCCAUCAGAGAAUUACAAGUCAGGAAUGAUUUUCCUUCAUCACCAUGAAGCUUUCUUUUACAUUAUUUCAGAAAAAUACAAGGAAUGCAUGCAGCCUCUGGUCUCAGCACUGCCUACCUGAUGGUUUUCACCAAUCCUACAGUUAAAAAUAAAUGUCAUUAUUAAGGAUCACCUUCAAAAUGACUAAUCUCUAUAGGGAUUUUGCUCUCCUAGCAACCAAGAACACCUGCUGUUACCCUGUGAUUUUUCUUGUUCUCAUAAGGUUAAGUAAACAUUUUAGAAGGCUCUAUCCCAUUAGCAGAAAUGUCCACCCACAGCUAUCUUGAUGAUCACACAGUUUAUGCUUUUAGUUGUUCGGUACGUUAAGGUUUAUUGAGUGUUCUUUGGAAGGUACAAGUCUAUGGCUUUUAAAUAAGAUUCUUAUCAAAGCUGUAGUUCACUAAUAAUUGCUUUUUUAUGAAGCUCCUAUUAUAUAUGGAUACUUUAUAAUCUAUAUUUUCCUGUUUCUCAUUCUUCAGUUAAAAGUGGUAUGGUUCACUCCCUUGAUCCCUGCCUCUUUUUAUCCAUGCUAUCAGGUAAUCUGCCUGCCUGGAGUUUGGUCUGCAGUUGGUGACACAUUUCUAAUGGCUAAAAAUAUGCAGAGUACAGGCAGAAACUUUUGAGAUUAGAUUAUACAAAGGUUGCCUUUUCUGUUCUUUUUUUUUUUUUUUCCUGUGCCCUCUUGUUUCUCUUUUUUGUUUCCUCCUCUUCCAUCACUUUCCUUUUUUCCUUUCUGGAACAUAGCAUAAAGAGUCUGUAUGUUAGUGGUUCUUAAAAGUGAUAUUAACCAACUUUCCUUCUAACUCUGAGUUUAAGGACAGCUGUAUGAGAAAUUGGAUCCUUGCGGAAAGUUCGUUUAUUUAAACUUAUCUCUUGGACUGUGCCACUUGACCUUAUUACCUCAGCUUUUUGAUGCUCUAAGAAAGAAGCUUUAUCUCUGCUUUUAGCUGCUACUCUCCACAUUCUUUUUUGUUUUUCAAAAAUCUGAAAGUGUUGUCCUCUUACUGGACGUACCAAGAAGAAAAGAUACUCUGGUUCAGGAUACCCGUAAGCAGGAAACUGAAAGGCCAACGUGUCAAAAGCUUUGAGCGGCACCCUCCUAGAUUUCAAGUCAGUACUGCUAUUUUUUGUGUGUGUCAGUACACUGGAAGUUUAGCAUUCACUGUCCAACACAAAUAAGCAGGCAAAUCUCUUUGAGUGAAAUAAUGCCGUUCAUCUACUGAAAGAGGAGGUUGGGUGUAGUAUUAACAUCACUCCUUCAUAGUAACAUAGCCAGCUUUGCAUUUUGAUUUUCAAUUAGUGAAGCAAACCAAUGAGAUUAACUUUAGGAUUUCUCUUUAUUUCCACUUGGGCAUAUAACUAUUUGAGUUUGCAGGGCUCUAGAAACACUUUGCUUGAAAUAUUUUCCAGGUUUCACUUUUAAACGAGCAUCUAUUUAUUAUAGGCUAUAUGCAAACAGAAAACCCUCAGUACUUUGGAUACCAUUGAACAAAUUUCUAAUAAAAAAUAUUUUGUUUCUUCUUAUGUUUUUAUGUAUUUAUCCUUUUCAUGAAUCUUAACAGAUACUUUCCUCCCCAUGCCAAAAUUAGUGUCUUGAUUUACAUAUAUUCCUUGCUUUACUUGCAAGCAUUUUAUUUUGCUAUCUUUCCUGUAGUAUGACUAAUAGAAUUCUAUACUUAUUUUGUAACAGAUAAUGUGCUCCCACCCCAGCCAGUAUACUUCAGUUUCUUAGUUGCCCAGGUAAUAGUUUCUGUUCCAGGUCUGGUUGCUUCUGAUCCCUAGACACUGUGAUGCAUAGCUGGUCACUGUGAUACGCAUUGUAUAAAAUAAUCCUCAACUGACAAGCCAUUCUUCUUCUGUACUUUCUCCUUGCUUAUCCAAUAUGAGCCCUAUACUACCAGUGAUAAGGGCCUGAUAUUUUGGGAAUUCUCCUGAUCAGUACCCAUCUAUGUAAAAUAAAUCUCUAAAUUCUGGGUGUCA